AUGUGGUUUUCCUUCUGGAGAUCCAAAGAUCGUUUUUCCUUGGAUCAACUUAGGUACCUAGCUGAUCAGUUAACAAAAGUUCAUAUAGUUAAUGAGGUUAAUAAGGAUUUUGUUAUUGAGGCACUGAGAUCAAUCGCGGAGUUGGUAACAUAUGGUGACCAACACGACCCAAGCUUUUUUGAAUUUUUCAUGGAAAAUCAAGUUGUGGGGGAUUUUGUUCGUGUUCUAAAACUUAGCAGGACUAUUAGUAUUCCACUUCAGUUGCUACAAACAGUUAGCAUUAUGAUCCAAAACCUUCAAAGUGAACAUGCUAUAUACUAUAUGCUUAGUAAUGAACAUAUGAACUUCCUAAUUACAUAUUCAUUUGAUUUCCGCAAUGAAGAGCUGUUAUCAUACUACAUAUCUUUUUUAAGAGCAAUAGGUGGAAAAUUAAACAAGAAUACUAUUUCUUUGCUUGUGAAGACACACAAUGAUGAAGUAGUUUCCUUUCCACUAUAUGUUGAGGCGAUACGCUUUGCCUUUCACGAGGAGAACAUGAUUCGGGCUGCUGUUCGUGCUGUGACCCUUAAUGUUUACCAUGUUGGAGAUCACUCUGUUAAUAGAUAUAUAACUAGCGCACCUCACACAGAUUACUUCUCAAAUCUGGUUUCUUUUUUUAAGAAGCAGUGUAUGGAUUUAAACAAACUGAUCUCUGAUACGCUGAAAAAUCCAGGCCCAGAUUCAAAGGCUACCAUUACGGCUGCUGUAGAUGAAAUUGAGGAUAAUCUAUAUUACUUUAGUGAUGUGAUCUCUGCGGGAAUUCCUGAUGUUGAAAGGUUAAUAACAGACAGCUUUCUGACGCUUCUGAUUUUUCCAGUACUUCUUCCUUCCCUAAGGAUAGUGGCUGCUAAUGAGCAUGUUGACCAGGAUAUACAAAGUGAUGUUGUCACUUCUCUCUACUUACUUUGUUGCAUCUUGAGGAUAGUCAAGAUCAAAGAUUUGGCAAAUACAAUAGUUGCUGCACUUUAUUACCCCUUAGAGUCCCUUACAAAAUGUUUUGGGGGUCAAGUCAAUGGAAUGAGACCUGAUCAUGGUUUUACUUCUGAAGGCGACGGGAUAGCUAAUGAUAAUCUCGCCAAGAAUAAUAAAAAAGGCUUGGUAGUUGAUGUUCCAUGCUCACCUAGUUCUUCAGGUUUUCAUCCACCGAGUAUCACCAUGCUAAAUAAUGGUAGCAGUUCAAAUGUGGCUUUGAGGGAAGUUUUGCUUGAAUAUGUAACUAACGGGGCUGAUUUACAAGUUUUUGGUUCCUUGAGUGUGCUUGCCACUCUGCUGCAAACUAAAGAACUUGACGAGUCAAUGCUAGAUGGGCUUGGAAUUCUUCCACAACGCAAACAGCAAAAAAAGCUCUUAUUGCAAGCUUUGGUUGGUGAGGCUUCAGAGGAAGAACAACUUUUUUCUUCUGAAACUAGUUUGACAAGAGAUGGCAUUGCAUGUGAGCUUGAUGUUUAUCUUGAAAAGAUCAAGGAGCAAUAUGGGGUAUGUUUUCAGCUUCCAAAUGUGAUACCAAGCCCUCGUGUACCUAGAUUUCAGGUGCUAGAUGCAUUAGUGAGCCUUUUUUGCCGUUCUAAUAUAUCUGCAGAGACACUAUGGGAUGGUGGCUGGCUUUUACGCCAGUUGUUUCCUUACAGUGAGUCACAAUUCAACAAGAACCACCUCAAAUUGCUGAAAAUUUCAUACGAGAAUUCUGCUUGUGCUCUUGAAAAGGAAGUUAAAGGUUUCUGGCCUGACCUUCUUAUUACCGUUCUUUGUGAUGAGUGGAGAAAGUGCAAAAGAGCAAUGGAGUCCUCAUCCCCUCCAAAAGAACCAAAGUGCAUGCUUUUUCCGCCUAGGAUGCUUUUUUCAGAAGAAGAUAUACCUGAGGGAUCAUCAUUUACUGCUGGAGAAAGAAUGCACGAGUUGGUGAAGGUAUUUGUACUUCUGCACCAACUUCAGAUAUUCACUCACGGUAGGACUUUGCCUGAGCAACCUCUUAUUUAUCGUCCUUAUGAUCAUCGUAUGGAUUCUCGUGCCCAGACUUCUGGUCUUGUGUCAGUCCCAAAGCCAGGCACUGAAAUGAACCUUGUUAAUGCUGUGCCUUGUAGAAUUGCUUUUGAGAGGGGCAAAGAGCGCCAUUUUUGUUUUCUAGCAAUCUCUGUAGGAACAUCUGGUUGGCUUGUGCUUGCAGAAGAAUUGCCUCUGAAGAAGCCCUUUGGAAUUGUUCGGGUUGCUGCACCUUUGUCUGGGUGCAAUCCCAGGAUUGACGAUAAGCAUUCAAAAUGGUUGCACCUGCGGAUCCGGCCUUCUGCUUUACCUUUUCUGGAUCCUGUCAAGUACAGUCCACAUGGGAAGUUAAAGACAAAAGCUUUUGUUGAUGGAAGAUGGAUAUUGGCGUUCAGGGAUGAGGAGUCUUGCAAAACUGCUUUUCUCAUGAUUCUUGAAGAGAUUAACUAUCUAUGCAACGAGGUUCAUAGAAGAAUAAAACCCUUGCUCAAGCUUGAAACCGUGCUAGACAUAUCAAGUUCGUCUGCUCCUGUUUCAGAGGAUUCCUCUUCAUAUACAACACCUCCCAAUUCAUUGUAA